AUGACUGAGUUUGAGAGUGUUAGACUAUGGUUGCGGAACACGUACAACAUUGGAGUCUCUGAUGAAUGGCUGACAGCCUGUCUCGAGUGGAUACAGCAGGAGUAUCAGGGUGUCCUGCCGCCUGUGAAUGAUUUAUUGCCUCAAGUAUUUCAACAAUGGCUGCUGUCGGACCUCUCCGAGAUCGGGGAGCAAGUGCUUCCACAGAACAUUGUGAAUGAGGAGAAAUCAGAGCUUGUUGGUAACUACCCGCUUCAGCUACUUUCACUUGUGGAUGUAGGUUUCCCGCUUUAUGGCCAGAAACAAAAACUUCAAGGUCGUGUUAAUACAAAUGAGGAGGUCUCUGCAGAUAAGCCGUUUCAACCAGGCUGGGAACCCAAACCUUCUCGCAUGCUCCUGUUCAGGCUAACAGACGGACACACUCACAUACAAGCCUUGGAAUAUAAACAGAUCAAAGACUUACACGCAGAACUGCCAAGUGGGCUGAAGUUACUUGUUUCUGGAAAAUUCUUGUGUCGCCGAGGAGUCCUCAUGCUGACCCCUGAUUGUGUCCAGGUACUUGGCGGAGAGGUGGACACACUUGUAGAACAAAACACACCUUUAGCAGUCCUGGAGAGGGAAAUGAUGAGAAACCGGGAGGAUGAAGGGAAACAUGCCAAGACACAGUUCUCUGGAGCAUUUCUCUCUUGUGGGGCUGACAAGAUGCUGGACAACUCACAGAAACAAUUGAAGACUGAGGGCUACAGUGGACUGACUAGCUGUGCCAGGAUGUCUAGACCGGGCUCGCAGCAAGUGAAACUGGAACCUCGUGGGUUUGCUUCAUCCAGUCUUGGUCACUUCAGUUUGAAGCAGGAGACUGGCUCCAUAGACUCGAAGGUCAAGUACGUUGAACAGGAAUUCAAGCAUGUGGAGACAUGGCAGAAGCAAGAAGAUGACAUGAACUAUGACGACUGCUUCGGUGAUGACUUAGACCUUCAGGAGAUUGAUGCUUUUGACCGUGCUUCCCCUGCAGGGAUGCAGGAAGACACUUCAGAGACAAUACAUUCAGGCAUAGGAUUUCAUAGAUCAGAUUCUUGCAGAGUUUCAGACCUGAAACUGUCAACAAGUUUGGAUCAGUCUACAAACUUGUCAAAUGCAGAUGAUGUUUUUGAGGCGUUUGAUGAUGAUUUUGAGAUUGAUGACAUUUCUGAUGUCUUUGAAAGUAAUGACAGCAGUGUAUUUGGAUCGGCUUUACCUGGUGGGGUAGCAAGAAAUGCAUCCAAUUCAACAGCAACAAGUACAUUCAUGCAGAAUGCUGCUGCUGGUAGUAAUGGAAAGAACUCUCAAUCAACUCUUCAUCAAAGUACUCAACCAGUAAACACAUUGAUACAACAGAAGCCUUAUCUGUCCUCAUAUUCUGUGCCUGUAAAAGGUCUGCAAAAUGACACAUUGAUACAACAGAAGCCUUAUCUGUCCUCAUAUUCUGUGCCUGUAAAAGGUUUGCAGAAUGACUUGGCCAGAAAGAACAUUGUCAGGGUCAGAUCUAGUCCCCAAAAGAGGAUAGACAAUGUGGAAAGCUCGACCAGAAUUCCAGCUAAAAAACAGGUGAAGCUGUUGGAGAUGUUUGCUUCCAGCUGUGAUAAAAACAAGCCAAAGUUGAUGUCAUCGAAUGAUGACUUUACAAAAGCUGGCAGUGGCCCAGUGACUGAGUCACAUCAGAUGUUUGAUGAUGACUGUUGUAUAAUUGACAAUGGCCGAACAGCCCAAGAAUCCUGGCAGAAAACUAAUAUGACAUUGUCUUCAAAUUCAUCCUCAAAAUAUGUCACCACAUCUUCGUCUGGCAUGACAUCGUUUUCAAAUUCUUCCUCAAAAUGUUUACUAGACUGUGAUGACAGAACACCAUUCCAGUAUUUAUCUAGUUGGACUGAUGUGCAGCCUCCAGCAUCGUUGACCAUCAAGGCAUAUAUUUCAACACUGACUGACAAGCUAGGCACUAACGGUGGAGCAAACUGGUCUCUGUCUUGUAGAAUUAACGAUGGAACCGCAUGCAUGGACGUGGACUUGGCAGACAAUGUUCUGGCAGAAUUGAUUGGAUUUUCUGCCAAGGACAGUGUGAUCAUGCGACAGAAGAUGAAAACAGAACCAAGGGUGAAAGAUGUUUUAAUGGAGGGACUGUCCAAGUGCCAGCAGAAGCUGAUCAACAUGUCGUGUCUGAUGGAAGUGGACUUUGUCUCAGCAGUUAGAAAACCUGUGGUGAGGAAGUUGAUCCCCGUGUCCUCACAACAUGUUCUGCAGCUUCUAAAGCGGGUGGAGAAACUCUUGUCUGUUUGA